AUGUCUUCGAAUCUUUCUAAGGAAUCGUAUGGAUACACACUUCCACCACAGGAUCCCGAUUGCUACCCUGGUAUCAAUUUCCACGGAGUGAGGCACACGUUCUCAUCUCCGUAUUUCUUUGUGUGGGCGCAAAAGCCAGAGCCAAUCCAUUUUGUGACCCCAAAGGAGCACGAGAGAAAUGCAUGCAAAGAGUUUCUCGUGUCGUUGAAGAACUGUUGUCAGGGACGAGUGAUUGGAGGCUUCGAAGUUGUUGUUAGACUCAAAGCUGGCGAAUUGAACAAGUCUGUGGCCUCGUUGCAGCAACGGCGGCAACGAAUGCUCCCGAAAUUGGGCCCAUUUCGACCGGAUGAGAAUUCGUCAAGUGAAGAGGAAUUCCUGACAAGCAAAUUAUCGAGCUCCCGUACCAACUUGUUGGAGAGUAUCAAGCCGAUGUCUGGAUAUCAGAAAGUUUCUCCCGCUGAAGUGGCAAAGUCUCUUCCGAAAAAAGAAAUUUCAACGCGACACUCAAAUGAAAAGAAAAUCUGCGCUGGUCCAUCAGUCUCCUUGCAAGUUCCACAAUCGGCCACUCAACUCACGAAAGAACAGCCGGCUAAUAAAGAAAUGAAAAUUAAACAGGUCUCCUUCUCGAAUCUGGCCGCUUCAAAAAGUGUUGCAAAUGCCCGUCAAAUCGUCUCUUUCGUACAAGCUGAAAAAGAGUUUCGAGGUGGCGGCGAAGCGACGCCAUCAAAGCCAAAGCCUUUGCUGAAAAAAAAAGAACAGACCUUUGCCACUGCAUUGCCAACCGGGAAAACCCUGAGAACACCGCUGCUCGAUCUGAAGAAUAAACCGAUGCCAUCUCAACACUUCUCCCAUCCCAGGAUUGAGCCUAAAAACGAGAAAACAAACUUUGCCACUCCAUUUAUGAGGAAGCCGGGGACAUCACACGCUUCACGAGUCGUCAUGGAUGCUCCGAACACUCAACAACGACCACCACCUGGUCGCUCUCAACUCUCACAAGAGGCGAAUAGAAGCGAAUCAAAUAAUCAUAACCGCAUA